AUGGAGAAAGAGAUACAUGCCUUGGAAGAGAAUCAUAACUGGAAUAUUGUUGAUCUUCCAGCUAAUAAGCAAGCUAUAGGACUCGGUGGUGCAAGACCAACUUCUACACCAUUAGAAGCAAAUCGCAAGCUCACAACAGUAGAUUAUGAUGCUCAUGUGGGAAACAAAGCUGAUCCUGAAGUAGAAGGCUUGGUACUUAUUCAAUUCAUGCAAAGGCCUAAACAAUCUCAUUUGGAUGCAUCUAUAAGAGUGGUGAGAUAUUUGAAAGGAUCACCAGGUCUUGGUCUAUUCUUCCUAUCCAAUACAACAUUAGAGUUAGCUAUAUAUUGUGACUAUGAUUGGGAAGCCUGUACUAGUACUAGAAGGUCAGUCACAGGAUAUGUAGUGAAGUUAGGGGGUGCUCUUUUGUCCUGGAAAUCAAAGAAGCAGCAGACAGUUAGUAGGAGCUCAACUAAAGCUGAGUAUAGGAGCAUGGCAAUGGCAGUGGCUGAACUGACUUGGGUGUAUGGGCUGCUACAAGAAUUAAACUGUAAUGUUCCUACUUCUGUUACAUUGUACUAUGACAAUCAAGCAGCAUACAGAUAG